AUGAGUGACUCAAAGGUAAAAUCUUCACCCAAAGGGGUAAUGGCAGAUGAGGACUCAUCAGAGAAGCGUGGUAGAGGGCGCCCACGGAAAAAAACCCAGGUGAGAACAAUAGUGUGUGUGUGUGUAUAUAUGUGUAUAUAUAUAUAUAUAUUAUAUUACGCUUGGGAAAGGCUAAUUUAGUUCUUUAGUAUGAAUUAUUAGUAUUCUCAAUCUGUCAAUGCCAUUUACAUUACACAAAUUCAUACCUGGUGACAGAGAAGAGUAAUUGUAGGAUGUAGGUGCAAGCAAAGCCACAUUGUUUAGGAAAAAACAUGCUAAUCUGUACCAGCCAGGACUACCCUUGUACAAACUAAAACAUCAUGAUUCUGAAUUUCAGUUAUAUACCAUGGGUUAAUUUCUUAAAGGGAUACUAUAAGUGCCAGGAAUACAAAGCUGUAUUCCUGUCACCGUAGCUCCCUCGGCGCUGGGUCCUGGCUCUGCCCACUCCAACGGCCUGCAAUGUGCGGGCGCUAAUGCGCAUGCACGGCUAAUGUCGCCCACGCAUUAGACCUCCCCAUAGGAAAGCAUUGAAUCACUGUGGGCAGACUUAGAGCUGCAAUGUAGCACCUAGACCACUUUAAUUAGCUGAAGUGGUCUCGGUCCCUACAGUGACCCUUUAAUAUAACUUUCUAAAUAAGCAUAAUUUAACCCCUUAAGGACGGAGCCAAAUGUACACGUUGUGAACAAAACAAAAUGUAAACAAAACCUGGCAUUUGCGCUACAUGUCUGUCCAACCGUAAUACACCUCUUUCAUAGUAAAUGCACCCACCCUUAUUAUAUAUCAUUCAGGGGAAACAGGGCUUUCAUUUAAUAUCAAAUAUUUAGCUAUGAAACAUAAUUUAAUAUGAAAAAAAUGGGAGAAAAUACGAUUUUUUUGAUUUUUUUAGUUCUACAUGACAUUUUAACGGUCAAUGUCAUAAUACUGUUUGCUUUUACUGCAAUAAAAUACACAUAUUUGUAUUCAGUAAAGUCUCACGUGUAAGACAGUACCCCCUAUGUACAGGUUUUAUGGCAUUUUGGGAAGUUACAGGGUCAAAUAUAGCACGUUACAUUUGAAAUUGAAAUUCACCAGAUUGGUUACGUUGCCUUUGAGACUGUAUAGUAGCCCAGGAAUGAAAUUUACACCCAUAAUGGCAUACCAUUUGCAAUAGUAGACAACCCAAGGUAUUGCAAAUGGGGUAUGUCCAGUCUUUUUUAGAUACCCAAUUAUGUAAAAAAUAUUACAUAAAUAUACAUGUAGAAUUAGUGUGUGUGUGUGUGUGUGUGUGUGUGUAUAUAUAUAUAUAUAUAUGUGUGUGUGUGUGUGUGUGUAUGUAUAUAUAUAUAUAUAUAUAUAUUAUUUUGUUCCAUGUGUAUUUUGAGAUAUAUAUAUAUAUAUAUAUAUUAUAUAUAUAUAUAUUAUCACAAUACAGUUAAAACGAAAUAACACACAUCUAUAUAUUUUUUACAUUUUUAUUUUAUUUUUUUACGUAUUUACAUAUUUAAUUUUUUUAUAUAUUUUAAUCAGUAUCAGUCUACGUGUAAUUUGAUAUUUAUAUAUAAAUAGUAAAAUACACCUAUACAGUGUAUAUGUAUAUAUAUAUGUGUGUGUGUGUGUGUGUAUAUGUAUAUGUGUAUAUAUAUAUAUAUAUAUAUAUAUAUAUAUAUAUAUAUAUAUAUAUAUAUAUAUAUAUAUAUAUGAUCUAAGUAUAUAUUAUUUUUUUUUACACUUUUAACAUUUAUUUAUUUUAUUUUCAGCCAGCAGGGGGACUAACUGUCAUUACAGGCAGUCCCCCUGCUGGCAAUGCAGAGCCAGCUAUCCCGGCCAUGUGAUUGUGAGGACCUCACUCUCACAUGGCCGGGGGCACCGGAGGAGGAGGAUCUGCUGCGGGGGGGCUCCCUGGGAAAGACCGGAGGGCGUAGUAUUACGCCUGGCGGCGUUUAGAGCCGCCUAAAAUAGGGCGUAAUAGUACGCCCUCCGGUCUUAAGGGGUUAACUAUUUAUUUUACAUGAGUAUUUGUGAGACACAUUUGAUGGGUUUUUUUCGUUACAAUGUCUCCCAAGUCGCCAUGUUGAGUAGGAAUUGUGUCCUAGCAUCUGGGUGUUUGUCAGCCCGAUCAGUUCCCGAGGUGACCGGCUGACUGAGAGCGGUGGAUGGAGCCGGGGAAUUGUAAUCUUCUUGCUCUGCUCCAUCACAUGUUGUGGUGCUCGGUCCCAGAAUAUGAUGUCACUAGCGCCCCAGCAUCCCUAAACAGCUGGGGAACAGAGCAAAAACAGAAUAUUCAAGGAUAUAAUUUUUCAAUGUAGGAUAACUGCGUGUUGCAGUAUCUGUGUGUGUCAAAUCAGUGAUUGUUUGUCUGUCUGUAAGUGUGUCUGUUUAGGUGACCGGCAGCCUUUCAAUCACAUGGGAAAGGUGUUUUUACUCACCUUCUUUCCCACGCUGUGCAGUCACGCCAUGGAUGGCCUUGCCUCUAUGGCUGAAAUCAUUAAUCUUAAUGAUCUUAGCCAAGCCGAUGCUUUCCCAUAGGAAAGCACUGGGAGGUUUUGCGCAUGCACAGCAAAACGCCAAUCAUCUCCUCAUAGCCCUUUUUCCUUAUCUGAAAGUGCAUUUUAAGUGGUACAGUUUUUUGUAUGUGUGGGUGUGCUGUUUUGCCUCACUAGUGAAGGUUUUGACAACACUAGGAACAAUUGGCGCCCCUGGUACAUCAAUGAGAUUUCUCAGAUUAAACUGGCAAUUGCUUUAUUGCAUAUUUGCCAGUUCAAACAUUGAAUCCAUCUGUCAUAUUGCUUAAUUACGGCUUCUGAUCCCUUAACAACCAACAGUUGUAAAUACACAUUGGCAUUAUCACUUCUUGUCUCAUGGAUUCCCACGUUAAUUGUGGGUGAGACAGCUUGUUUUUUUUUGUUUUUGUUUUGUUGUUUUUUUUUUGUUUUGUUUUUUACUGCAGUGUAUAUAUCUAUAUAUGUAUAUAUCUUAGUUUUGAUCUACUUUUAUAAUGAUUAAUCAUAGGAUGAAUCAGCUAUGAGUGUAUUUAUCUAGUGCUGAUUUUGGUGACGGGACUGUGGUUUAGUGGAUUUAGGCUGUAGGCCAUGUACUUUUAAACAAAAAGUACAGGUAUUUGUCAUUUGUAUUGUAUUUUUGCAGAAAGUAAAAUAGCCAAAUAAUUUCCAUAGUAGCAUUGAAAUGGUGUUUUUUGUUGUUUGUUUUUUUUUUUUUGUAAUGCUGAAGAACAGAAUCCACUGUAAUAAAACUUUAGAUCCAAACAAGAACCUGAUAUAAAGGUCAAUAAAACUGCUGACAAAUACAAGUUGAUGAAGAAAAUUAGGCUAGGAAAAAAAAUAUGGCAAUGAAAGUUAUAAACAAAUCAAGGCAAUCUGAUAAAAAUGAACAAAGUCAUUGCAUAUAAAAACAUAAUGCAAUCGAGAAAUGCAGAAGAAAUACAGUACAAAUAGAGAAAAUAAAACAAGCCAGUAGAUUAAAAUUUCCACCCAAGAACUAAAUGCACUUAACAUAAAGAAGACAAACAAAUAAGUAGAUAGAGUAGAAAGGGCGGUAAUAAUACCCUCCGCUCUCCUGUUCGCAGCCCCCCUCCUUUGGCUGGAACCGAGAAGGUUCAUGCACAUGUCUGUAGCCCAUGCACCUGGGUGAAAUAUCACCUGGGAUUUCGAGGCUUCCUCCUAGUGACGGAAAGAGAGGCCUGUGGACAUUGGAUGCUGGUUCAUGUUACUGCCUGUGGCUAUAGUGGUUCCGUGCCUUUUGGGCGCCAUGAGUGGCACAAAUUCCCUCACACACCCGUCUGGAUUUGGCUUGAAUGUCACAGGCAUAGGUUGAGUGAGCUGCAUUCACCAUAUCGACAAUGUACACAGGCUAUCACAUUUGGUCUAUUGCCACUGUCUAUGCUCCUACCUACUGUUUGCGGCUUUCAUUCAGUUUGUCUGUCUUGUGCUCAUUCACUUAUAUCUAUCUCUCAGGGCGAGCAUCUUGAACUCAAAAUAUAAACUUAUUUUUUCCCUCCAGAUUAGAGACUGUGCUUUACAACAGGGAUUUAUGAUUCCCCUCUCUUCCUGACAGUAUCCCUGCACAGAUCACCUCUCCGCUUUCAGAGGAUCAUUUCAGAAGAACACUUACAACAAAGGAAGGUGUUUGAUUACAGGAGAAAAGAGAAGUUCCCUGACAAAAGGAAUAGAAAUUUAUGACGCCGUUCCUGUUGGAGGAAGACUCACUCAUUUUCUGCAUUACUGGCCAAAAACUACCUCGGAUCGCUGGAUUCUUUCAGUGAUAAGGAAUGGUUACUAUCUGGAUCUAUCGGAGAUCCCAAAAAGAAAAUUCUUAUGCUCUACUGCGACAGAAAAGGCUCUAAUGGGAGUGUCAAAGCUUCUUCAAAAGUAUAUCAUAGUGUGCAUCUAAAAGAGAUUUCUGGGCACUUAUUCAAGACUCUUUUUGAUUCCAAAGCCACAUGAUUCUUUCAGACCCAUUCUAGAUCUCAAGACCGUCAACAAGUUUAUGCUAAAAAAGUUUCAUAUGGAAACAAUAAAGUCCGCAACUCACAUUCAACCAGGCAAUUGGCUGAUUUUCUCUGGAUCUAAAAGAUGCCUACUUACACAUUCCCAUCUCUGAACUCCCCAAAAGAUUCCUAAGGUUCGCUAUCAAUUUCCAGAGUCAGACUCUACAUUAUCAGUUCAGAGCUCUUCCCUUUGGUCCGUCUUCAGCCCCAAGAGUGUUCACAAAGAUUCUGGUAGUCGUUUCCGCAGAUUUAAGGGGAAAAGGCGUCAAUGUCAUCCCUUAUUUAGACGACUGGAUUUUGAUUGUAGACUCGAAAGAACAACUUUAUCUAGACCUCAGUACAGCUUUAGACUCUCUAAAAAAUCAUGGUUGAUAAAUUUUGUAGUCGGAAUGAGUCCCAGUCCAAAGAAUUCAGUUCCUGGGUCUGAUUUAUAGACACACUCUCUAUGAAGAUCUUCCUUCCAGGAGAAAGAAGACUGAAGAUUGCUCUGGCUAUUCAGAACCUCAGAGAAAGAAGUUUGUACUCCAUCAGAGAAGCAAUGAGUUUGCUGGGUCUUUUCACAGCUUGGACAGGCCUAUGAAACUCAACAGUCAUGCGCUGUAGAGGUUUUUUUUUUUUUUUUUUAGUUUUUUUUAAGUUUUUUUUCCUCUGGUGGACCUCAUCCCGUUUCCAGCAAUCAGGUCUUUCUUUCCAAAUGAAGUUGUUCAAAAUUUUAAGACUCCUCAGGUCUCGGCUCAUUUGCGUGAAAAGAAGAAACCAGGAGUUUGGCAAGUAAAAGAUUUAAGACUACAAAGAACUGAAGGCUGUCUCUCAUUACUUUUUAGAAUCAGAUCCAGAAUCCACAUGUCCAGAUCAGGUCAGUCAAUUCUACAACAGUAGCAUAUAUAAACAAACACGGAGGAACAAUGUAAACUGGUUUGGAAGAUCUGUGUUCCAGAAUCAUGCUGUGGUCAGAGUUCCACCUUCUGUCAAUUUCUGUUAACAUAAAAGGAGAAUUCAACGUGCUGGCAGACGCUCUAAGUCGACAACAUUUAAAGAAAGCAGAAUGGUCCCUUUCUUACCAGAUCUUCAGUCAAAUAACAAAGAAAUUUGGAUAUAUAUAUAUAUGCACUGCCUCUAAUCUUCAGGAAAAAUAAAUUUACAGUAAAUAAAAAUGUUUUCUUUUCCUCUGUGUUCUCUCUUGUGGUGUCAGUUUGCCUAGUUUAUCAGUCUCGUGUUAUCUUAUCUUAUUUUAUUUCUGACCUUACUCACUUGCAAGCUUUAUUUUACCUUUUUUUUUUUUAAGUGCAGUUUUCUUCACAUUACAUGUUACCUCUGUAAUCUAAAUUACCAAACUUAACCUUUUAUAUAUUCAUGCAAGCCUGCACUGCUAAAAUAAAGACUUAAAAAAUAUAUAACUUUAUCAUGUAAAUGGUAAAAUCCAGGAACUUUAUUAGAGAAACCGUUCCUAUUCUGUUCAUUCAAAGCUGAGCAAUAACCUGAAAAUGUCAAAAAGGCCUCAAGUAAAAAUCAGAGGAAGUUGACUCAGGACCAAUCUGCCACCUUCAGGAUAUAUUUAAAUCAACUACCAACUAUUGAAGCCUUCAAGCCCGGACAGAAUGACAUGUAUAGAUAGAAAUUUCAAUCCCUGACAAUAAUAAGAGCCAUUUAACCACACGAUCCAAAGUAGCUGUAGAAACUGAGUGCAGUGGCUGUAGAGAAGCCUUGUAAUCAUAUGCUUUCAGGAACAGAACCGGGCACAAAUUAGGAUUCCCCAAAAGACCGGCUUGCUCAUAUACCUCUUCAAACUGAGAUGUCAAACCUCAUUGGGAAUGUAAGAGCGUGCAUCAGAAUCCAAAUUCCGAGCAUCCAACUCACCCUUACAGGAGAGAAAACAUAGAAGCAUGGAAAUCUUUUUGCAUUUAAGACGUGAAAAGAAAGUUCAAGAUUCUGCAGGUCGCAAGUCAAGAAAGAUCAAGACAACAUUAACAUCUGAAUAUUGAGCAAACUGAAUAUCCUUAAUUCAACAUACAAAGGAAUGGCACCAACAAGAGACCUGUCCAAACCACUAUGUCCAGCGGAAAUGGCCAACUUGUAGAGAUUUAUGGCCUGGUACGGUGAUGGAAAAGAGUAUUUGAUCCCCUGCUGAUUUUGAAUGUUUGCCCACUGACAAAGAUAUGAUCAGUCUAUAAUUUUAAUGGUAGGUGUAUUUUAACAGUGAGAGACACAAUAACAAAAAAAAAUUAAAAUCCAGAAAAUUGCAUGUCAGAAAAGUUUAUAAAUUGAUUUGCAUGUCAAUGAUUGAGAAGUAUUUAUUUGACCCCUUCGACUUAGUACUUGGUGGCAAUCACAGAGGUCGGGCGUUUCUUGUAGUGGGCCACCAGGGCUGCACACAUCUCAGGAGGGAUUUUGUCCCACUCCUCUUUGCAGAUCCUCUCCAAGUCAUUAAGGUUUCGAGGCUGACGUUUGCCAACUUGAAUCUUCAGCUCCCUCCACAGAUUUUCUAUGGGAUUAAGUUCUGGAGACUGGUUAGGCCACUCCAGGACCUUAAUUUGUUUCUUCUUGAGCCACUCCUUUGUUGCCUUAGCUGUGUGUUUUUGGGUCAUUGUCAUGCUAGAAUACCCAUCCACGACCCGUUUUCAAUGCCCUGACUGAGGGAAGGAGGUUCUCAUCCAAGAUUUGAUGGUACAUGGCCCUGUCCAUAGUCCCUUUGAUGCGGUGCAGUUGUCCUGUCCCCUUAGCAGAAAAACACCCCCAAAGCAUAUUUCCAUCCCCAUGUUUGACGGUGCGGCUGGUGUUCUUGGGGUCAUAGACCGCAUUCCUCUUCCUCCAAACACGGCCAGUUGAGUUGAUGCCAAAGAGCUCGAUUUUUGGUCUCAUCUGACCGCAACACUUUCACUCCGUUCUCCUCUGAAUGAUUCAGAUGUUCAUUGUCAAAAUUUAGAUUGUCCUGUACAUGUGCUUUCUUGAGCAGGGGGACCUUGCGGGCGCUGCAGGAUUUCAGUCCUUAGCAACAUAGUGUUACCAAUUGUUUUCUUGGUGACUAUGGUCGCAGCUGCCUUGAGAUCAUUAACAAGAUCCUCCCGUGUAGUUCUCGGCUGGUUCCUCACCGUUCUCAUGAUCAUUGAAACUCCACGAGGUGAGAUGUUGCAUGGAGCCCCAGACCGAGGGAGACUUGGUUAUUUUGUGUUUCUUCCAUUUGUGAAUAAUUGCACCAACUGUUGUCACCUUCUCACCAAGCUGACAUCCUUGGACAGCUCUUUGGUUUUGGCCAUGGUGGAGAGAUUGGAAUCUGAUUGAUUGCUUCUGUGGACAGGUGUCUUUUAUACAGGUAACAAGUCGAGAUUAGGAGCACUCCCUUUAAGACAGUGCUCCUAAUCCCAACUCGUUACCUGUAUAAAAGACACCUGGGAGCCAGAAAUUUUGCUGAUUGAUAGGAGAUCAAAUACUUAUUUCACUCAUUGACAUGUAAAUCAAUUUAUAACUUUUUUUGACCUACGUUUUUCUGGAAUUUUUUUUUAUUCUCUCUCACUGUUAAAAUACACCUACCAUUAAAAUUAUAGACUGAUCAUUUCUUUGUCAGUGGACAAACUUUCAAAAUCAGCAGGGGAUCAAAUACUUUUUUUUUUUUUCUUUUUUUUUUUCUCUCACUGUAUGUCCUAAACUCAAGAAGUGGAGCACUGUGUUCAAAGAAGCCAAUAAUUGAUCGAGAUACUGAUGAUAAAAUUGUAUCACUCCUGGUGCCUAUGAGUUGUAGAGUUGAAUGCCGAAUUCCCUUAAAGGACCACUAUAGUGACAGGAAAACAUACUCCUUUUCCUGGAACUAUAGUGCCCUGAGGGUGCCACCACCCUCAGGGUCCCCCUCCCACCCGGCUCUGGAAGGGGGAAAGGGGUAAAAACUUACCUUUUUCCAGCGCUGGGCGGAGAGCUCUCCUCCUCUGAUCCUCCUCUUCUCCUCCCCGUCGGCUGAAUGCGCACGCGCGGCAAGAGCUGCGCGCGCAUUCAGCCGGUCACAUAGGAAAGCAUUCAUAAUGCUUUCCUAUGGACGCUGGCGUGUUCUCACUGUGAAAUUCUGAGAUAUGUAUAUUGCUGACAGAGGUGUAACUUCACCUCCAACAUUAUCACUAGUACAUCAUUAGUUAGCCAUGAAGAAGAUUUCCAGGCUGGCUGAUGUCAAUUCUCUGCAGCUGUGCAGAAGCCAGAUGCGCAUCACCCAGAUAAGCAGGCAAACCAAUGCAGCCUACAUUUUUAAAGGUAUUUGUUUUACCACUUCAGCUAACAAACAUUGAUGUUUAUGCAAAUACAAGAAAAAUGUAUGCUAUAUAAAAGGUAUAUAAAGUUAUUGUUUUAUUUCAGUAAUGCAGUUUAACCCCUUAAGGACCAAGACUUUUUUGAGAUGUGUCGUGUUUUGUGACCAAGGCCUUUUUAGCCCUUUGGCCAUGCAUUCCUUCUACCACAAUUUUCCCUUUCUUUUUAGGUGCACCCAUACAUCAAGUGUAUAAUAAAAAAAUAUUUUUUAUUUUAUAUCCUACAUGUAUACAUAGUGCAAUAUUAAAGGGACACUGUAGGCACUAUAUUUAAAAAAAAAAAUGCCCCCCCUCUCUUCAGUUUUACAUUUAAUAAUUUCUACACACCAAGUACAACUAAACAAACUCAAAAUACAUUCCCUUAUAGUCCUGAUUGUUAAAAUGGCCAAUAUGAAUGACAAAUCCCUGAUUACCAUGGCGACUAAGAAUUUUGCCCUGGUGCCUGGGAUUGGUCAAGCCAUCGCCCCCCUCCUCCUGUCUCAAUUCUGACUUGGCUCUCUGUGCGCCGGUGUAAGCUUGCAGAACACCUGGUAAAAACCUGCUCUGUUCACCGCCCGCCCGCAUUCCACAGACCCGAUCGCCUGAUUUCAGACAGUCUGUCUGUGUCUGUCAGUGUCUCAAGAAACAAUUCACCCCGCACUCAGGUUCCAAUCAACAAUCUGGCCAUCUAUCUGGGAGGUGCUCUGUAAAAAAUAGCAGACACCGCAAUCUGCAGAAGUCAGAGUGCAACAGCAAUUCUAUAUAGCUGAAAUGUUGCUUUUUUUUAUUAUUUUUUUUUACCCUACAAUAAAGAAAACAUCACAGACCUUGUAGUGUUGCCUGUGUUCCUUGUUGUGUGUCUGUCUGUGUGUGCCCGUCUGUCAGUGAAUGUGUAUGUUUAGGUCACCAGCCCCCCUCCGCUCGCAUGGGAAUUAUGUCUUUACUCCCCUUUUUCCAACGCUGUGCCAGUCUCGCUGCUGGAGCUGGCUCUCUUCCAUAACUGAGAUUAUCAAUUACCAAUCAACAUCUCCUCAUAGUGAAGCAUUAAAGCAAUGCAUCACUAUGGGGAACGUUCAGCACCGCUUCCAUGCUGAAUGUAGGUGCUGCAAGACAGGAGACACUUUAGUGGCCCUUUGAGUGACUGCCUCUAGAGGUGUUACUAGGCAGGCCUAUUUGACUAGUCUUUGUCUGUUUUAGGUAAAGAAUGUAAUGAUUGUUUAUUUUGCUAAAAUCUUGUUUACUUAGGCAUUUGUUUGUCUGAAUAUUUAGCUAUCGUUAUUUCUUGUGCCUUCCUUAACACACCUCUUCAACUGCGCUCUCUCUCUCUUCUGGCGUUGGUCCUGCUGACCUUAAACAUGCCACUGUAGUACCUAUCCUGAAAAAAAAACACUUCUUGACCCUUCCUCCCCCUCUACCGGCCCAUAUCCCUGCUCCCUUUUUCCUCAAAGCUUCUGGAAAGACUUGUCUUUACCCGUGUGUCUCACUUCCUCAAUUCCACCUCUCCUUGACCCUCUUCAAUCUGGCUUCCGCUUUCUCCACUCUACUGAGACUGCUCUUAACAAAUUUACUAAUGACCUAAUCGCUGCUAAAUUCAAAGGCCACUACUCCAUACUAAUUCUUCUUGACCGCUCUGCUACCUUUGACAUUGAUCAUGCUCUCCUUCUUAAAACUCUCUAAUCACUCGGUCUCUGUGACUCUGUCCUCUUGUGGUUUUCCUCUUAUCUCUCCCAACACUCAUUCAGUGUCUCCUCUUCUAAUGAUGCCUCCUCCCCUCGUCCUGUCUCGGUUGGAGUCCCUCAAGGCUCUGUCCUUGGUCCCCUUCUAUUUUCUCUUUAUACUGCCUCUCUUGGAAAACUUAUUACCUCAUUUGGAUUCAACUACCACCUGCAGACUGAUGACACCCAGAUAUAUCUCUCCUCUCCCCUGCUGUCCUGCAACGUGUCACUGCUUCCCUUUCUUCCAUCUCUGACUGGAUGUCCUCCCAUUUCUAAAACUCAAUCUCUCCAAAACUGUGCUCCUUGUCUUUCCUCCUCCUAAUAAUGAUCCUCCUCUUUCGCUCUCCCUUCAAGUUAGUGGUAUCCACAUAAGUCCAUCCUUGCAAGCGUGCUGUCUUGGCAUCAUACUUUAUUCUGGCCUCACCUUUGAGGCUCACAUCCAGUAGGUUGCCAAAUCCUGUGGAUUCCAUCUUAAAAACAUAGCCCACAUCCGCCCCUUUCUUAAGCAAGAUGUUACCAAGUAGCUUGUCCAUGUUGUAAUAUUUUCCCACAUGGAUUAUUGUAAUCCUCUCCUAAUUGGUCCUCCCAAAAGCCAUAUUGCCCUGAUUUUUCCUCUCUAGUCGGUCCCCUCACCCCUCUCAGUCCUCACAUUGGCUCCCUGUAUCCUAUAGGAAUCAAUUCAAAUUGCUAACCUAUACCUAUACAGCACUGAACAAUUCUAGCACCUCUUAUCUCUUCACAGAUCCAUAGUUAUGCCUCUUCUCUGCCUCCCUGCUCUGCCCGUGACCACCUUAUGUCCGCUGCUCGCACCCGUACAGCCAACUCACGCUUGCAGGACUUCUCGCGAGCGGCCCCCUUCCUAUGGAAUAGUCUACCUACCUCCAUCAGACUCUCCCCUAGUCUUCAAUUGUUUAAGAAGUGCCUUAAAACCCAUCUCUUUAGGAAAGCUUAUGGCCUCACAGAGUAACCUCUACCUCACAUAACUGUCUCUUGCUAUCUCCUAAUAGGCAGCACUUUACUGUCUCUUCCAGCUCUGCUUCACUCCCAACUUAUUUGAUUGCUAUUUCCUGUCCUAAUGUGUUUUAUACCCCACCUCCUAUAGACUGUAAGCUCGUUUGAGCAGGGUCCUAUAUCGUUCCUGUAAGUUUUCUUGUAAUUGUCCUAUUUAUAGCUAAAUCCCCCCUCUCAUUAUAUUGUAAAGCGCUACGGAAUCUGUUGGCACAAUAUAAGUGGCGAUGAUGAUGAUUAUGAUGAUGAUAAUCGAUAUCAGAGUCACUAAAUUAAGCUGUAGGGCAGUCAGCAUAGAGGGAAUUAAAACACAGAAAAGAGAAGAAAUUAAACAUUUCUCCUCCUCAACUGCAAUGUUUGUCCUGGCUUUGCCUUAUGGAACUGGACAUAGGUGUGCGCAGCCUGUUGCAUUAGGGUGUGCACCUUAAAGCAGAAACACGCACGCUGCGUGUGUGUGUGUGUGUGUGUGUGUGUGUAUGUAUAUAUAUAUAUGUGUGUGUGUGUGUAUACAAAUAUCAUAGGUGCGGUGUGUGAUUGUGAGGGGUGCACUGUGUGGGCGACAGGGGUUAGUGGUGUGGAGGGGCAGCGACGGGGGUUAGAGGGGCAGUGCCAGGGGGUAGGGUGGGGGGGCAGUGAGUGACAGGGGGUAGAGGGGAGGUCGGGGGGCAGUGAGUGACAGUGGGCAGAGGGGGGUUUAAAUACCUUCCCUGGUGGUCCAGUGGGCGUCCUCAGUCUGCAGCUCCGCCGGGAGUGUGCUGCAGACCACAUGGUGAGUCUCGUGAUCUCCAGGCAGAGCAUUGCCAUGGUAACGCUCUAACAGGCUGGAGAUCACGAGACACCUCAGUCUGCAGCUCACUCCCGGUGGAGCUGCAGACUGAGGUUGGAUCUCGGUCAGGGCAGACUGACCGGAGGGGCCUCGCACCCGGCGGCAUUGUGGGCAAGUCGACGGGCCCCCUCCUGUGUCUGGUCCUCGGUCAUCGACCGAGGACCCGACAUGUUAGUCUGCCCAAAGGUAGUGCAGCACGGAGGUGUGAUUAGGGUGUGCCCAGGCACACCCUGUGCGCACGCCUAUGGAACUGGAGUAUGAUGUAAUUUGCUAAAUCUUUGAUAAAGAAUUGUGCAUCUCAUGAAGAAGGCUUAACACACCUUUUUAUAGGUGAUUUUCAAGGUUUUAUACAAAAAAAAUUAUAAAACAUCAGUGUUUAUGUUUAAGAUACCUGACCUUUGUAGUGCUGUGGUUGUUGAUAUUAAAAGUCAAUAUUUAGCCUUUUUUUUUUUUUUUUUUUUUAACGCUACAGGAGUCAAGUGGCUCCCCUACAAGAAAACGAGCACGGGGACGUCCUAAAGGCAGCACUAAAAAAGGAACCAGCAAGAAACCUUUAAAUACCAAGGUGAGUUCUACCUCCCUAAAACUAAACAAAUUUUUUAAUUGUGUUCUGUGAUUGCACAUCACCAAUUUUGCUGCUUCUCUUAUGGCGUACUUAAUUCAAGCUGUUCUGUUUAGGUAUUUAUAGGAAGGGCCCUAUGGUAUUGUUUACUGUAACUUUUUGUUAUGAUAGUUCUAGGAGGUAUGGGCAUGUGCAGUAAUUACAUUCUCUUUUUCACGCAUGCUUUUAAGACCUCUUCAAACUUUGAAAUGUCACUCCUAGUAAAAUGACUCUCUAAUACCAGUGUUUAACCCCUUAAGGGCACAUGACAUGUGACGUCAUGAUUCCUUUUUAUUCCAGAAGUUUGGACCUAAAGGGGUUAAAGGCCGUUCUGGCUGUAGUCCAGGCGAGAAAGGGCAUUGGACUGGGCUGUAUAGAUAGAGAAUAGUAGGGGACCAAGAACUGAACCUUGGGGGACCCCAACAGAGAGGAGUUUGGGAGAAGAAGCAGAGCCAAAGAAAAAAAAAACUUGAAAAAGUGCUGGGAGUGGGAGGUGGAGCACCAGGAGAAAGCAAUAACUUGUAGACCAAUAUUGCGGAGGAUGAGAAGAAGCUGUUGAUAAAAGUGAAACCAAAUGUACAAACCCACACUGUGUAAGGCUAGCAAACCUUAAAAUUCCUGCUUGUUGCCUCAUUCCUGCAGAACUGUACAGGCAUCCUGACAUACCACUCAAUAUUUUAAUUUUCAAAAGAAUUGCAUGAACACCUUGCCAGCACUCCAGGAACACCUUGCCAGCACUCCCAUGACCAUGGCCUGUGCGGUAAUUGCUCCCUCGCCAGCCUUCCUGUGCUUACAGCUAAGCUAGCCAUAGCCAUCUAAUAACUUAAAGGAACACUAUAGGCCUUAAGUUCUUAACCCCUUCCUCUCCCUUCAGCCCGGCGGGAGGGGGAUCAUGAGGGUGGGGGGGGGGACCUAUUAAUACUAUAGUGCCAUUAAAACGAGUUUGUUUUCCUGGCUCUAUAGUGGUCCUUUAAAGUUACCAAGAUUGUUUUGUGUACCAGGAAUAAAGAGUUGACUGUUGUGAAAAUAUUGUGGUUGGAUAGGUUUAUAGAGAAAUCUGGUGUAAUAUUUUUGAAUAAUUAAGAAAUAUUUUACCUUUUCUGUCCACUAUUGGAAAUAGUUUCCCUUUCUGGUCAACAGAAGCACGUUUAGCAAGCAUACAGUUUUUAGUUUUUAUCUCCUGCUCUGUAAAUUAAACUUAAAUCACAUAUAGGAGCCCCCUGCAGGGUCUAACAAACUAUUAACAGGGCAUGAGAUAAAUUCUAAAUGAAACAAAAUUUGCAAUAAAUGAAGUGUAAAUAUUAGAUGACUCUUUACUUGUUGUGUUUAGGAAGGCUUUGUAAGUCACAUGCAGGAAGGUGUGACUAGGGUACAUAAACAAAGUGAUUUAACUCUCAAAUGGCAGAGAAUUGAGCAGUGAGACUGCAGGGGCAUGAUCUAUGCACCAAAACUGCUUAAUAAAGCUAAACUUGUUUUGGUGACUAUAGUGUCCCUUCACGGCCAAAAUAACCUAAACUGCAAAAAUGAUCUGUCAGGUAUGCUUCCAAUUUGGUUGCUUUAGCCUAAAAUUUGAUAUCCACAUUGAAUUCACUUUGCAUUCUUAAUUUAGCAAUUAACCCUGUAAGUUAAACCCAAGUUGUGGGGCCACUUCUUUUUCUGUCCACAAGCCUAAAAAGCCUAAUUAAAUUUAAUGGGGUAGGAGCAGUGUGUUUUCCACUAACAUUGGUAAUGUUGAGUGUGCGGCUGUUUUAUGUUGUUUGGUCGGUAUUUUGAAGAAAUUGGCAGGCAAUGCAUUUUUGCCCGUUGAUUUUUGCAUCAAUUCAAAAUUGCCAGUUUGAAGAAUGUACCGCUGAAUUCAUAACUACUUGGUGAGCUGCUAAGUGUUCACAAAUCUAUUGGCUUUUACUUUUGUUACUUUACUUUUGUUGCCUUUCUUAAUCUAUUAAAUGUUCAGACUGGUCAGUAACCUAGAUUGUUUUGUCUCUGUUUAGAAAUCUGAAGGAACAACUGCAGGUAGUGCUAGAGGUCGACCUUCUUCUACAAAGCAGGUAGGUGAACUAUGGUUGAAGAGUUAUGACUAGUUUAGAAUUCAGAUCCAUAUGCUAUGAGCAGUUCAAGCAAGUCAAUUUUAAUAUACAAAUAUACUUUUUAUUCCUUCAGGAAGAAGAGGAAGGUGGUACAACAGAGUCCUCUGAAGACCAAUGA